AUGGCACGCUUAUCCCCAAACCCUUGCACGACCUUAGUUAAGUCACACCAUCGCACUGAUUCCUCCACGAGCCGAAGCAAAAGCAGACUUCCUGCACUAGACCGUUAUGAUGCUACAAGGGUAGACAAAGUGCUACAAAGUGCCUGCACACCUCGUCCUCGGACCGUCCAUGCACCCCAAAGCCGUGCAGCUGCUCUGCUGUCAGCCCCGACCAUUGCGUCCCUCCUGGGCUCCGCACGGGACAGCGGGGAGCCCAGGCUGACGCAGAUCGGUAGGACCUCGGCGAGCGACCGGCCAGGCCCAGCCUCCCUCUCGCGGCCCCCAAACUGCGCCCACGGGCCUCACCGAGCUGACAGUCCCGCCGCCCCUGUCCUCGGCCUCCACGCCGCGCUCCCGCUGGGCCCUCCGGUUGCAGACCGGAAAAAUCCGGCCUCGGCCCUCACAGGAUCUGCGACUCCAAGAGUAGAGCAGAAACUCUAUCUCCCAGAAGUCUUCGCGCAUCUAGGGACCGUCGCGCAAGAAUAUACCUCCUCCCAGCCGCUUGAAGAUGGCGCUCUGAGAGCAAUGGCCGCCCCCAGGCCUGCUCUCACCUUCGUGUUUGUCCUCACUCCCUUUGAGACUAGGGAAUGGGCAUCAGGCCUAGAUCCCGCGAGAGUCCAGGAGGAGGGUGGGAUAGACCAAAGUCUAGGAUGUGGGAGGAAACAGGUAGGGAGAAUCGUGACCUCUGGCCAACUGUCAUUGUGUUCUGAGCGACAGAGUCCUCAGCUUGGCAUCACCAGGCCCUCACCUGGGGUGCUGACGCAUGGGGAGAUCUCAGGACCAGCAGAACCAAGGGCGGAGGCCAACUCCCAGCCUCCUUCCACCAGCCCAAAGAGGAAGAGGAACUUGUCAUCGGAUUCUGAGGAUGACCUGGCAGAGCUUCUAGACCCUGAGCCUGAGCCGGUGUGGUCUGUGGAGACACUGUGUGGGCUCAGGAUGACGCUGAGGAGGAGGCCCGCAUCUAUGGUGAGGCCUGAACACCACAAGGUCUUCACCAGGCUGCUGGAGGAUCCUGUGGUGAAAAAAUUCCUGGCCUGGGACAAGACGCUGAGAGUGUCUGAUAAGUACCUCCUGUCUAUGGUCAUAGCUUAUUUCAGCCGCGCUGGGCUCUUCUCCUGGCAGUAUAGGCCAAUCCACUUCUUCCUGGCUCUGUACCUGGCCAAUGACAUGGAGGAGGACAACCAGGUCCCUAAACAAGAUAUUUUUUACUUCCUCUACGGCAAGAGCUAUGCCCAGCGCCCCAUGUUCCACAAACUGCGAUUCCAGUUCAUUCGGUCCAUGGGCUGGAGGAUCUGGGUGUCCCGGGAGGAGUGUGAAGAGAUCCAGGCUUAUAAUCCAGAGCUCUGGGUGUGGGUACGAGAUCGCACCAACCUAUAUUAGAACUCUAGGACCAUGGAGGCCUGAGACAUUGACCUGACAUAGAUCCCUGUGCCCGAGGGAGACACUCUAUGCCAACAUUAAGAACCGCUGGGAGAAAUGAGAGAGGACACCUUCCACAGGAACUAGAAGAACCCAGACUCUUCUAGAAGGAUGGAAUGGAAUCAUCACACCGUGCUCCUGAGCGGGAACACGUGUAGGGGCUCUGGUGGGGAAGCCAGACACCAGGAUUCCUCCAGGGCCCACUCCACUCAGCGACACUGUCUAAAUGUCAUCCGGAUGUCCCCAGUCCCGUCUCCUCAAGGCAGCAGCCCUGUGGUUUCCUAUAACUGGUCUCCACAGGCUCGGGCCAUUUGAAGGAGGCUCCUCAGGGCUCAGACGAGAAGGGAAAUAUCUUCAAACUAUAGCAUUUGAGCCAUAUAUUUGUAAUAAAAACUUUAAUAUAUUUCAUAUUUUAUUGGAAUCUGCGAUGUUCAUCAUAGAAUUAUUUAUUUUGAAUAGCUUUGAUAUAUUGUAGAUUUGAUAUUGUACAGUUCUCCCAGUUUUGUGAUGGGUGUUAUAACUUUCAUAUGUGUAAAUAGUUUCGCUCCUAGAGAAGAUUUGGUUUUUAUAUAUUCAUUUUGUUUUGUUUUGAGACAGAGCCUCACUAUGUAUCCCUGCCUGGCCUUGAACUUGCUUCAUGGUCCAGGUUGGCUUCAGACUCACAGAGAUCUCCUGCCUCUGCCUCAACAGCGCUGGG